ACCAAUGACAGACUGAGGUGGGUGGGCUCAACUACUGCAGGUCACUUCAGAAGAAAGUUCUCCAAACGGUGGCUCUGAAUCACAAAACAAGUUCAACAAUGUUGCACAAAAUUACUGGUUUGACAGUCCAGGAUGUGAGAUUCCCGACGUCGUUGGAGCAACACGGCUCCGAUGCGAUGCACACCGACCCGGAUUACUCGGUCGCGUAUGUGGUGAUCGACACGGACUGCGGGCUGAAGGGCUUCGGCUUCACGUUUACUCUGGGGAAGGGCACGGAGAUCGUGGUUUGUGCUGUGGAGGCUGUGGCUGAUCUGGUUGUUGGGAAAUCCCUGCAGGAGAUUGUGAGCGACUUCCGGGGAUUUUACCGCCUGCUGACCAGCGACGGCCAGAUGAGAUGGCUCGGCCCAGAGAAAGGAGUGAUCCACCUGGCCGUAGCCGGAGUCCUGAAUGCUGUGUGGGACCUGUGGGCGAGGGCAGAGGGCAAGCCGCUGUGGAAGCUGCUUGUUGACAUGGAUCCCAAGCAGAUUGUUUCCUGCAUUGACUUCAGGUACAUCACUGAUGCACUUACAGAGGAGGAGGCUGUAGACAUACUGAUGAAAGCACAGGAGGGCAAGCAGCGUAGAGAGGACCACAUGCUGGAAGAGGGUUAUCCUGCCUACACCACCUCCUGCGCGUGGCUCGGGUACUCAGACCAGCUGCUCAAACAGCUCUGCACAGAUGCACUUGAAAGCGGUUGGACCAAAUUCAAGGUGAAAGUCGGUGCUGAUCUAGAGGACGAUAUACACAGGUGCCGCCUCAUAAGGCAAAUGAUUGGGCCCGAUAACACUUUGAUGAUCGAUGCCAACCAGAGGUGGGACGUAGCCGAGGCCAUCGGCUGGGUGUCCAGCCUGGCCGAGUUCAAACCUCUUUGGAUCGAGGAGCCCACGUCUCCAGAUGACAUCCUGGGUCACGCUGCUAUCUCCAAGGCUUUGGCUCCACUCGGGAUUGGAGUGGCAUCAGGAGAGCAGUGUCACAACAGGGUGAUGUUCAAGCAGUUCCUCCAGGCCUCAGCCCUGCAGUUUGUCCAGAUAGACAGCUGUCGCCUGGGCAGCGUCAACGAGAACCUGGCUGUGCUGCUGAUGGCCCACAAGUUCCGGGUGCCCGUUUGUCCUCACGCUGGAGGAGUCGGUCUCUGUGAGCUCGUCCAGCAUCUGAUUCUGUUCGACUACAUCGGUGUGUCUGCGAGUCUCAGCAACCGAAUGUGUGAAUAUGUGGAUCACCUGCAUGAACACUUCACCAGUCCUGUGGUGAUUCAUGACGCCCACUACAUGCCUCCCAAGGAUCCAGGCUACUCUUGUGAGAUGCUGGAAUCAUCAGUGCAGAGACACCAGUACCCUGAAGGAGAUGUUUGGAAGCUGAAGACAAACUAAGAAACAUUUUACAGAAGGCUCCUUUUUAGUCUUAUAAUCAGACUUGGCUAAGUGGAGUGAAUAUGUAACAAUAACCUAAUAACACUGCAAGAGUAGCAGGAACUGUUGUAUUCAGACCUUUGAUUUAUUAAUCUGUGUGUGUUGCUGCUCGGCUCCUUUGGGUCAACAAUUCUGUACAAAUCCAGAAAAAAGGAAAAUUUCACAACUAACUGGCAUAUUUACACUUAGUUAUAGAAGAAAAUACUUUUCUCUAAGAACUUGUGGUUUUAAAUGCCAGUUCACCAAAAUCAGAAGGAAAUGAAACCACUUUACCUUUUUUGUGAUUUGGAUGAACUGAACUUUUAAAAUGUGAAUGAAUGACAAAAUAUAAGCAACAUGUUUUACAUUUUCUUAUCUAAGUUGGAUCUUUACACAGCCAUCUGCAUCUUAAUGGUGGGAUGAGGGUUGUAGUCGCAGAUCUCAAAGUCUUCUGCGCGGAAAUCAUCGAUGCUCUCCACUUUCCUCAGGAUCUUCAGCUUGGGGAAGGGCCGGAUCUCCCUCUGAAGCUGCGAAAUUUAGACAAGACGAGUAAGUCAGAGAGCAGGCCGAGAGCAGGGAGACGGAAAGCCAUCUUUAAACUGACCCACCUGCACUUUGAGAGGCUCCAUGUGGUUGACGUAGAUGUGAGCGUCUCCUAGUGUGUGAAUGAAGUCGCCCGGCUGCAGGGACAGUAAAAAAUAAAGUAUGUUGAGCACACGACAACACGCUUAAAAUUAGGUUGUUUUUGGACAAGAGUGCUUUUACCUUGAGUCCCGUGAUGUGUGCGAUCAUGUAGGUAAGAAGUGCAUAGCUGGCAAUAUUGAAAGGCACCCCGAGGCCCAUGUCGCCCGAACGCUGAUACAGCUGACACGACAGCUCGCCGUCACACACGUAGAACUGACACAAGGCGUGGCAGGGGGGCAGCGCCAUGAGGGGCAGGUCUGCAGGAGAAGACGCUCUAAUUAAAAUGAUAGUUUAGGAUUAGUUCAAGUAGAUUUAGAUUUUGCAAGUGCCGGACCUUUAGGGUUCCAAGCGCACAUGAUGAUCCGCCUGUCCUCUGGGUUCUUAUUGAGGGUGUCAAUGACCUUCUGCAGCUGGUCAACACCUUGUCCUGUGUAAUCUGUGGAAGGAAUUAAUAAAACAAAAAAAAGGAUCAUUUAAGAGCAGAGGCACAGUAUUCUGGUAAGUGUGUGAAGCUGCAUCUGUGUAAUAUGCCUUCGAAAUGUGAUCUAUUUAAAGGAAUAAAUAAUUAAAAUCACAUAUGUUAUCUAGUGAAGUUUAAAAGGAGCAACACACUUUUUUCACUUACUCUAUGCUAACUGCAGCUUCAAAUGUACUUACAUCAUAUUUUAUUUAUAUAUAUAUAUGCGUGUAGCUCUACUGUAACUUCACCUGCAUGCAUGUUUGUGUACUCUGCGCCGAAGUGCCUCCACUGGAAACCAUACACGGGUCCCAGGUCGCCUUCCUCUCGAUCCGUGAACCCGAGGUUGUCCAGGAAGUCACGUGACCCGUUGGCUUCCCAAAUCUUCACCCCUUUCUCUGAGAGCUCCUUGGCAUUUGUUGAUCCCUGUGACCACACAAGGGAAGAAACAUCAGAGCCCAAUUCAGAGCUUUUUUCUGACACAAAAAAUGCUGCAUGUGAACGUGAAGACUCAGCUCCAACAAAUUGCCGUGUUUUCCACCUACAGAUGUGGAGAAGAACCUCAGCAAUCAAACCCCAAAACUACCUGCAUGGCUAUAAACCACUAGAGGAAAGUAAGAAAAUGUUCUUUUUACAAAAUCAUUUGGGUGAGUUGAAAAGAAAUAGGUCGAUCUUGUGUCAUUCUCACCUUAACAAACCACAGCAGUUCUUCAAGAAUGCCUCUCCAAAACACUCUCUUGGUCGUCAGCAAGGGGAACUGAUCUACGAGUAAAACCAGGAAAAAGGUUAUUUAACAUUUGAAUACAUAAUUAAUUACAGCAAGUGGUGGAAAGUAACAAAGUACAUUCAAUAGCCAAACAUGCUGGAUCUUUGAGGCCAGCACUGAUUACGUGUGAGGGUAUAAAAAAAAUAAAUCAGCACUAUUUACAUAAGACACAAUUACAAAAAUCACAUUUGGUAAAUAUUUGUAAUAUAAAUAAACCUGUCAGUGCUCCCUUGUGUUUAAACGAUGUACUGCUGACACCACAAACAUCUCUUUGCAUGAACUAGUUUUAUUUAAAUAUUUUAAACUGCCACGCCACUAAAAUGCAAAGAUAUUUGUACCUCUUACUCCACUCCAAAUAUUUGAGUUAUAUUUAUUAGUUACUUUGCAGAUUAAGAUUUUCACUUCAUAAUAAAGGAUGCACUGUUGAUUGUUUAAACCACAUGUAAACAUGUUAUUUUUUUAUUAGUGUAUGUAUUACAUUGAAAUGGUACAUUCUGCAUAAUUUACUUUGCUUUGAGUUUCUUUUGCAGUUGCAGUUGCAUGCACAGUAAUGACAUUUAACACCAAAGAUAACUAACACACCUCUCAGACUGUAUCUGGCCUGAGCACCGAACACAGACACGACUCCGGUCCCGGUUCGGUCCCCCUUCCUGCGGCCGUGCUGCAUGAUGUACUCGAUCUGAUCCAGGUACCCGCGUUCAUCGUAGAAAGCACCGACGCUCUUCUUCUUCUCUUCCGCCGCUGCAGAAUUCUUCUUCUUCUUCUCCUCCUCCUCCUCCACUGUACAGCCGUCUGCGGUGUGUAUUUCUGACGUGGAGGGCAUUUUUAGUCGACAAAAGAGUAGCUUGCACGAUUUGACAGAAAGAAGUGUUGUGUUGUGUCAGCGGUGGGUUUCCCCGCGUGAUUUCGAGGACUGCUUCCGUUAUGAUACAGUGGGUACAUCCCAAGUCUCUUAAUUCUCAUUUCCUCGCUC